UUCUUCCAUGGUGAUCAUCUUUUGGCCUUGCAGCCUUUCUGGCAGGCUUCCUGACUGUGCUGUGUUUGAAGAGCUUUGACUUGGUUUGUCAGGCUGCUCCUCAGCCUUUUUUGGCCUAAUUAUGGUCUUACUUUAGUUUGGUCAAGCUUGCUGUCUCCUCUUUUUCCUGCUUGGAGAAAUGAAGUCCAGCUUUUGAGGGGUGUGAUGAUUUAUUAGUUUUUUUCCUUCUUUUUAACUGUGAUUGCUUUCAUACCCUGUUCUAAAAUUAUGGAUGAUAUUCUGCACCAUGACAAAAUUCAGGUAGGAAAUACAUUCUUCUUUAUCAACUUUAUCAACUUUUAGAGAAAAAAUGAUCUGAACAGCAUGCUCUGCUGUUGCUGACUUUCUGGGUAUUCUGUUUAAGAACUAUCCCAAAGCCUUCUUAAGUGCCAGCAGCCUGGUUUCUGCAGGGAGAUUCUUGGAGGUCAGGACAUGACUGUGCGUUUCAGUGUGGGGAUGCUCUCGUGUUGCAGAUCUAGCGAUGUGCUGAAAACGAAAUCUCUCCUUCUGAAAGCUGAAGUGUGUGCUGUGUAACACUUACCGUACUGCGGGGAGCUUGCCUCUGUUGCUUAAGGUGAUAUGAAUAUCCAGGGUCUGUGAGUAUUUCUCAGGAUGUCAAAGCGGCCUCAUCAUCAUAGGUUUGGUAAUGUCAGUGACCCUGAAAUAUAAAAUGUGUUUCCUGUUGCUAUGCUGGGAUUUUUUUUUCCCUCUACCACCUAAUUUUUGUCAGGUUUAAUAAACUCCCAAUGGAGAAAGUGUUCCCUUUUUUUUUUUUGGAAGGGAAGGGGGGAGGAUGAACAUCCUUUUGUGUUCAGGUCUUCUGAGAAGACAGCAGCGGUGUCUGAGAGAGCUGUGUCCGUCCUGUUGGAGUGUCAAUGGCCAUAGGACUCUCAGAAAAGGAUUUCUGAACAAUUUGCAAAACAGGUUCUCGGUAUCCUUUUCAGGUAGGGAAGGCUAGACAAAAGAGGGAAUCCGGACUGUGGUCCCAGAGACAUGGGACCACGUGCGAUUGCACGUGACAGCAUGUGAUUGCAGAGAGCGAGCCCAUGGGCAGCAAGCAUAGGAGUCCAGCCCCAUUCUUCCAGGAAUGAAAGGGUGAUGGGGCAAAGGAGCAGUUUCCGGGAAACGGUUUAUGUACCUCAUUUAAAGGGUGGAGGGGCCCACGUGGAACCCUGUGUGUAAGGGCUAGGAGGAUCCCAGCCUUAGAUGGAAAGGAACAAUGCUGAGUCUUGUCCUUGAAGCCUGAACUUCUAGGAGUGCUGAGAAGCAGUACUGGAGCCUGGUGCGGCUGUGUCCUGGCUGAGUAGGCGUGCUGGGGCAGCAGGACCACACUCUGGCCAAAAUAAAUGUGCUGCAGAGACCAACAGGCUUCUGCCCUGUAAGCGCCUUCUUGGUUUGGUGUCCAUCUUCACUGCGCUUCAUGGUGCUUAUGGAACCUCUGAGGGCUCUCGUUCCCAAAAGUGGCCUGGUCUGGCAUGGCACAUCCAUAACCUCUUGAUGACUCUUCCCCACGAGGUCCUGUGAUGUCCUGAGAGUGAACUCAGCACAGGUUUCUGUUGCUGAUCCAGACCUAUGCUGUCAUGGUGUCCCAGAGAGGGCACUGUUUGAUACAGGAGGAGUUUGGCCAGAUGCAGUUGAAAAUUACUUGACCGUAAGUUAAAUACGGUCUCUCAAUCUAGCAGACAGCUCUGAGCUGUGAGCAGUCCCUGCUCCUCAAAGAUCCACCAGCUGGGUGGAGUAGCAGGGUUUGUGGAGAGCUUGCUACAGGGCUCAAACUGUCUUUUGUUACAACCAGCAGAUGUAGCACCUGGAGCGUAUUUGUUCUGUGAUCUUUAUCCUGGCCAGUUAGAAGUCCCUCAUUGUGCUUCAGUGUGGAGGUAUGUCUGCAAAAGCAUGCAGAAGGUGAGAUGAGUUCUUGCUAGAAGGCAAGCCAGAAGGUGUUUGAACUUGUCAGGGACACAGAGCUCCUGGGUUGUUCUGCUUUGUAUUUUGCCAUGAUUGUAUGUGGUUAGUGGGCAGCAGAGUGCUUGAGUUUCUUGGUCCUUGCUUUCUUUGCCCAUAAAGUAAGUCUGAUGGCACUAAUAAACCCUUUCCAGGGACUAUGAAAAUAUCGAGCACUGAAUCCUUCUGUUGGGCAGAGCUGCUGUUCAGCUGCAUUAUCGUGGGGCAGCUGGUCACGAUUUUGCUAAUGGCUUCACAUCUAUCUGAUGUUUCCAUAAUGAAAUGGUACAUGCAAUGGGCUUAAUUUGAAUGCAUCCUUAUCUUCAUGUUUUGCAUACUCCUGUCGCCUUUCAUUGUGAGAAUGAGGGCAGUGGCUCUUAGAAAGGCUGUUGAAAUAGCGCAGGUAACCAGUGCGGGGGGGAUUUUUUUAAUACUUCUAGUCUGUCUCAGUUCAGUUAGCACUGUACCAGCACUGUGAGUGCUUUUCCACUGCCCAGCAAAGGGUCCAGCCUGCAAAAGAGAUUGGAAUUCUAUGUUUGAAGCAGAGGUGAGAAUGGAUGCAUGGCCGCCUGCCGUCUCUUUCUUGGGUGCCUCCUCAAUCCUUCCGUCUAUUUGAAGCUCUUGUGUGUGCCUUGUUACUGCUCACAAAUGUAGGCUCAAACCAGGAAAAAAUAAAUGAGGGUGUUGCUAAACAGAAAAUUGCUUUUGCCCUGUACAGGGCUGAAUGUGCAGAACGUCUCUGAGAGCAAGCAAGAGCUGAGCUGAUUUGGGGCUCUUUUUUCUGAUGUCUGAGAGGGCUUCAAGUGCUGAAAGGGACAGAGGAGAAAGUAAAUACACUCCUUGGGAAUGAAAUGCAACUGCAGAGUGAAGUACAGGAGAGGGAACAAAAAGUGGCUUUGUUAGGCCUCUUCUUUAGAGUACUCAGAAAUGUGAUAAGUGCACGUUGACUUCAGCCUUUAUGAAAUGCAUGCUCCCGAGCAUCAAAGCAGCUAUUUGUCCCCUUUGUCCUUUGAGGGGUGGCACUGAAGGCCUGUGACAUUUAGUCCUACCUGUCAACGUGGCAAAGCCUGUGCUGCUACAGCUUGUUGCUUUCCUGGAGAAACAGCUACCUAGCAAGGAGCCCACGUGUCCUCGCAGAGACUUGUGCUUUCACUGCAGGAGCUCCUCAGCUGGACACAUGGGGCUCUUGGCGCAGCGGAGGACAGACCUGCAGGGAUUUCUUGCUGCCCUUUAGGGCCAAGCAUUUUAGCUGGGGCAGUUGCCAAGCCCCAUUGUACAACUUCAACACUUAAGGAGUGUUGGUAGCGCGUAUCCUUUGCUUUCAGCUUUGAUUAUUUUCUAGGAUCUCUUAGUGCAGUGGGAAGGGUGUGAGAGGUAUUAGGGUGAGCCUUGUCUUGGGAGGGUGCUCACUCAGAAUUAACAUAAUGAAAUGGCUAAGACAGAUUGAUAUCUCUCUCAUCAGGAGUGGGCAGGAUUUGACGUUACAUCAGCCCUGGCUCUUUGUCAGGCAUGAGGAAAAAUAGGUUCAACUCAUUGACCCUGCAAAGAACUGGGGUGUUUUUUGGAAGUGUCAUUUUCUACCAGUUUUAAUGAGCCAAGUUAGAUUACUGAGUGACUAGGCUAGCACCAGAAUAGGUGCAGGAUAAUGAGUGGAAUGUGUGUGUGGACAGGAGCGUGUGUGGAGGAGCAUGGGUAGAGCAAGAACUCCACUUUGUUGGAGGCAAGUAUUAAGUCUGUUCAAUUGUAUUAUAAAACCUUGCCUUGAACAUCGUCAUAGUUGUGAAUCUGGGGGGGCGACCUCUCAUGGCCUAGUUGCUGUGGGCAUCUGGUUUAGCUUUCAGUUAUUCGGUGGUAAAGGAGACUUUCACUUUGGAGAUGAAGCUAGAAUAGGCCCCGAUGAGCUCUUACCAGCUCGGCAUUGCUCUUGGCUUUCUGAUCCCUCCAGUGCUUGUUCCCAAUGUGGAAGACAUGGAGAAGCUGGCUUACCACAUAAGCAUCAUGUUCUUCAUGACAGCAGGCGUGGCAACAGCCCUCUUCAUCCUGGUUGUCAUAGUCUUCAAAGAGAAGCCCCCAUACCCUCCGAGCCGAGCUCAGGCCCUGAUCCAGUCACGACCAGCAGAGGAAUAUUCCUACGUGCAAUCGAUCCUCCGCCUGCUCCGCAAUGCCAACUUUGUGCUGCUUAUGGUCACCUAUGGUCUGAAUACAGGUUGCUUCUACUCCCUGUCCACGCUGCUGAACCGCAUGGUGAUCCAUCACUACCCAAAGGAGGAGGUGAAUGCUGGCAGGAUUGGACUCACCAUUGUACUGUCAGGCAUGGCUGGUGCUCUGAUCUCUGGCCUCUGGUUGGACAGAACCAAAACCUACAAACAGACAACGCUAGUGGUCUAUGUCAUGUCUCUGCUGGGGAUGGUAGUCUACACUUUCACUCUGAACCUAGGCCACCUCUGGGUGGUCUUUGUGACUGCAGGCGUUCUGGGAUUUUUCAUGACGGGGUACCUUCCCCUGGGCUUUGAGUUUGCUGCAGAGUUGACAUACCCAGAAUCAGAAGGAACAUCAUCAGGGCUCCUUAAUGUCUCAGCACAGAUCUUCGGUAUUGCCUUCACCAUCAGCCAGGGGCAGAUCAUCGAUCACUUUGGGACAAAGGCAGGAAACCUCUUUCUUUGUUCCUUCCUGUUGCUGGGGUCCAUUAUGACAGCAUUCAUUAAGGCUGAUCUCCGAAGACAGCAGGCGAAUGUGGAAAAUGAACAUACAAAAGCCAUGCCAGAAGCCUGCACCGCUCCCAUCGUCCUUGAGGAGUCAAAGCUGUGAAAAAGAGGGGUGGCAGAGCUGGGAGAUGCGGGACGUCCCCCCACCCUCAUUCUCACCUUUGCUACCUACACCAUCCUGUUACAUGUGAAUUCUGGCAGGGGGGCAGCUGGGAACUGCUUGUAGAGCAUGACAGAGUGAAACAGAAAGGGAGUUGCUCCCUUCAGUUAUACCUCUGCACCUUGCUGUUCUGGAGACUGUGCUGAGUGAGAGAAGUUGUUGAGAAAAGUCACUGCUCCCCUUCACCCCAUGUAUGCUUGGAAGAAAAGCACACGUUGUCAGAAAAGCCCCAGUUCCAGGCGAGUCCUGAGCAGGUGAGGGUGGCACCUUGCGUGUGGUCUGUGCCUUUUCUCCUAGGGAAGCAAUGAUACAGAAUGCCAGUGCUGGACUGUGCUUACUGUGAGCAGCCCUGGGAGAGCUGUGACCUGGCUCUCAGGAAGAGGGAUUGCACUGACUGCCUGUGAUGUCCUCCACGUUGCACAGGUGAUGGUAGGGGCUCCAGCACAACACCAGCCCAUCAGUGCAAAGCAGUACAACUGCUGUGGCCAGUGCCAGUUUUCUAUAUGUGGCUGUAGAGAAAGAUCCACCUAGAAUUCACUUGGGUUGCUCUAAUGUUCCUGUAUACUAGGAAUAAUGGAGAGAUACCAAUAGAUCUCCUACUAGAAGCAAGGAUUAGUGCUGUGGCUGCAGCCUGAGCCCAGGUCAGCUAGCAGCAGGAGUGACUCAAAGCGUAAGCUCUCAAGGCUGAGGAUCAAAUCUUCCUCCUUAAUGAUGAAGUGCCUUUUGCAACUUUUAACACUACACAAAAGCCUUUGUGGAUUAUCAGAUGACCUGUCAGGGCAUUGUUGCCCUGCGCUGCUAUGGUGAGGUGUUUUCAGCACAGUGGGAAUGAUGUACUCGAGUAUGGAGGGAGGCUUCCACUUUGUGGUAGAAGCCUUCUUACCCACAGUUCUGUCUCGUAUGCUGGUGUUCAUCUCCCAGUCACAAAUGUAGACCCUCAAAACCCUUUUCCUUCCUUUCCAGCAUCCAUCCCUUGGUGGAGACAUCAAGUGUCCUUAUACCAAUAUCAUGCAGUUACACGCAUACCCUACUGGAAAAAAACCCACAAAUGCAGACUGGAUGAAAAUAUAUUACAAAAAAUCCCCCCCCCCCCUUUUUUUUGAUAGUUUGGGAUUGAGGAUGUGGUCUAAAAUGGCUUUUAAAUAUAAUUUUUAUAUGAAAUAAAAAAUUUCAAGUGUGCAAUA